AUGCACAGGUCGGACAUUUUCCCGUUCCCAGGGAAGAAGAAAUGUCUAGUUGUGUAUUCAUAUGACGCUCAGGAGUCCGAUGAGCUCACAAUUCAUAAAGGGGACAUCGUGACCAUAUUGAACAUGGAUGGCGCCGGCUGGUGGGAAGGAGAACUCCAAGGUCGCAAGGGAUUUUUCCCUAACAUGUUUGUUGAAAUCAUCUCCGACUCGGACCAGAAUGAUGCACCAAGUGAAGAAACAGUUUUAAACGCGCAUAAUGGUGAUGAAAGUAUCCCAAGUGAAGGUCACAUGAAACCCACGCUGGCAACACAUAAGGAUGAAAGGAAGCAACCUCCAUGGAUGAACGAAAUUCAUUCCCUCCUCUUCAAACGCUUUGCUCGGCAGUUCAACAAUGACAAUGAGAGUGAGUUGGAGAAAGAGAUUGAAAAAUAAAUAAAGGUC